GCUGUAAGCACUGCCCAUAAACAUCCUCCCGCGUACUAAACUGGUCAUUUCGCGUCUUAAAAUUGUCUUAGACAAGUGUGAGUGAGUGUCAAGGGUAAAUCUGAGACGUGAAAGAGAAUGGAACUAGCCAGGGAGCGGCCACCGUCCUAUCCCCAGGUACCAUCCACUUCCUGCCUAUCAGAAUUUAAUGAGAUGUGGCUCGACCUGGAGUCUGUGUUCCUGGAGGAGACCAGUCCUGUCGUGUUCCAGGAGCACCACCACCAGCUGGAGCACCACCAACAUCAACUGGAGCACCACCAACAUCAGCUGGAGCACCACCAACACCAGCUGGAACACCACCACCAGCAGCUGGAGCACCACCAUCAUCUGGAGCACCACCAGCAGGAACACCACCAACAGGAGCAACACCACCAGCUGGAGCACCACCAGCAGGAACACCAACAGCAGGAGCAUCGCCCGCAGCAGCAGAAGGGAGUCAGCAGCAGCAGCCACUCCCCCCUGAUGUACCCUCCAACACCCCCCAUCCUGGAGCAGGAGGGGGAGGUGGGUCAGCAGAAAGGUGGUGCCACUUGCCACCUGGCGCUACCAUCUAUCGCUGCAGCCUUUGGCACCGCCAAGGCUGACUACGAGCAGGUGGUGCCACAGUUCCUGCCUCAGCAGGAACAGCAGCAUCAGAGCAGACAGCAGCAGCAGUACUCACAGCAGCAGUAUGGGUGUGUGGGCGGUGUGUACCCGACCUUCCACUACACUAACUACCCACACCCCGCCCACAUCUCUACCCCUUACACUACAGCCGUCACCACUAGUACCACAACCGCCCACACCACAGCUCCUACUACCACUACCCACCCUCCUACACACCCCGCCCACACCACCCACAGUACCGCCCACGCGACAUUCGGCACUAUGUAUCAGUAUUGGGGUGGCACCGGAGUAGUUCUAACCCCACCAUCAUCACCCCACGCCCCUGGGAUCAUAGCCGCCCCUGUACUGUGCCCUCCAGCUCUGCCUCCAUCCACCACACCAACACCCGCACGCCCACGCCGACGCCGUGCCCGCAGACGCCUCAUCAUCCACAACUGCCCUCACCCUGGAUGCGUCAAAACGUACACCAAGUCGUCCCACUUGAAGGCCCACUUAAGGACUCACACUGGGGAGAAACCCUACACUUGUAAGUGGAAGGGAUGUGGGUGGAAGUUUGCCAGAUCUGACGAACUAACGAGACACUACCGUAAACAUACUGGUGAUAGACCCUUCCAGUGUAGACUGUGUGAGAGAGCUUUCUCCAGGUCUGACCAUCUCAGUCUUCACAUGAAGCGUCACAUUGCUCUCUGAACUGACUGUCUGGGGCCUGCAGUGACUGUCAACUGAAUAUGUUGGGCCUGGAGUAACUGUCAGCUGAAUGUGUUGGGCCUACACUGAAUGUCUGGGACCUUCACAGACUGUCAGCUGGAUGUAUUGCGUCUACAGUGACUUUCAAUUGACUGUGUUGGACCUGCAGCGACUGUCAGCUAUGCUGGGCCUGCAGUGACUGUGAACUGACAAUCUCGGGCCUGGCCUGACUGUUCUUGGUGACUCUGACCACACCAGACUCCUCUUUGAACUGUGUUAAAGCCUGCAGUGACUGUCACUUGACUGAGUUAGCCAGCAGUGACUGUGUUAAAGCCUGCAGUGACUGUGUUAGAGCCUGCAAUGGCUGUCACCUGACUGUGUUAGCUACCAAUGACUGUUAGAGCCUGCAGUGACUGUUCCCUGUGUUAGCCAGCAGUGACUGUUAGAGCCUGCAGCGACUGUCAGCUGUGUUAGCCAGCAGUGACUGUCAGCAGUGUUAGCCA